UCACAUGGCUUCUUGGAUGUCUGACGAUAAACUCGUGUAGGAUCAGGCCCUAGCUCCCGAGGCAUCGCUGGAUUAACCAAGAGAAAGCCUUGGGGCAAUACAAUGGUCCAUUUGAAACAAGUCUAUAAUCCUUACAGGCAUCACAAGCACUUUCAUAUGACUCUGCAGCGUAAAGGCCACUUUGGAAACCUGUUUAGGUCAGGUAUAGAAGAUAAAAGCUAUACAAUGUCGAUUUCCCCACCAACCUCUUGCGAUUGGAUGCUCCUGGUUGAACAGAAGAAUAUAAAUGUUCGCGUUACGACCAUGGACGCCGAGCUGGAGUUCGCUAUCCUGCACAGCACUACCGGCAAGCAACUCUUUGACCAGAUAGUGAAAACAAUCGGGUUGAGAGAGACCUGGUUCUUCGGCCUUCAGUUCCAGGAUACUAAAGGAUUCUCCACCUGGCUGAAACUCAACAAGCGGGUAACGGCACAGGAUGUAAAGCGGGAAAACCCCCUGUUGAUCAAGUUCAGAGGCAAGUUUUACCCGGAAGACGUCGCCGACGAGCUAAUUCAGGAGACCACGCAGCGACUCUUCUUCCUGCAGGUUAAAGAAAGCAUUCUGAAUGAUGACAUCUACUGCCCACCGGAGACCGCAGUGCUGCUUGCCUCUUACGCGGUUCAAACCAAACAUGGGGAUUACAGAAAGGACUAUCACAUCCCAGGAUACCUGGCAAAAGAGAAGCUUCUGCCGCAGAGGAUUUUGGAGCAACACAAGCUCAACAACAGUCAGUGGGAGGAACGGAUCCAGGUCUGGCACCAGGAACACAAGGGCAUGCUGAGAGAAGAUGGCAUGGUGGAAUAUCUGAAGAUCGCCCAGGACCUUGAGAUGUACGGGGUCAACUACUUCAACAUCAAGAACAAGAAAGGAUCCGACCUGUGGCUGGGUGUAGACGCCCUCGGCCUCAACAUAUAUGACCAGACGGACAAGAUGACUCCAAAGAUUGGCUUUCCAUGGAGUGAAAUUCGAAACAUCUCCUUUAAUGACAAGAAAUUUGUCAUCAAGCCUAUCGACAAGAAAGCCCCGGACUUUGUGUUUUACGCUCCACGGCUGCGCAUCAACAAACGAAUCCUGGCCCUGUGCAUGGGCAACCACGACCUGUAUAUGAGGAGGAGGAGGCAGGACACCAUCGAGGUCCAGCAGAUGAAGGCCCAGGCCAAGGAGGAGAAGAACAAACGGCAAAUGGAGAGGGCUCUGCUUGCGAAGGAGAAAAAAAAGCGUGAGAACGCAGAGAAGGAAACUGAGAAGAUUGCCCGGGAGACCAUGGAGUUGAUGGAGAGACUGAGACAGAUUGAGGAGCAGACAAAGAGAGCUCAGGACGAGCUGGAGGAGCAGACUCGCAGGGCCCUGGAGUUGGAGAAGGAGAGAAAGAUUGCCCAGGAGGAGGCUGAGCGUCUCGUCAAGGACCACAAGGAAGCGGUGGAGGCCAAGGCAGCGCUGAUGAACCAGUCGGAGCGGCAGCUGAAGAACCAGGAGAAUCUGGCCACGGAGCUGGCAGAGCUUACCUCUAAGAUAUCCAAGCUGGAGGAUGCCAAGAAAAAAAAGGACGAAGAGGCAAAGCGGUGGCAGACAAGGGCAAUGGCCUCGGAGGGUGACCUCGAACGAACCGAAGUGGAUCUGAAGAGCAAACUCACGGGUGUCCACAUCCCAGCCUCGGUGCACAGCCACAUGCACGAGCACGACGAGACGGACGAGAGCAGCGCGGAGGCCAGCGCCGAGUUGACCUCACCGGACAUGGUGCGUGACCGCAGCGAGGAGGAGAGAGUCACCGAGGCCCAAAAGAACAAGAUGCUGCGCAAGAAUCUCAAGUUCUUGAGCACUGAGUUGGCCUGCGCCGUAGACGAGAGUAAGAAGACCCCGAACGACCUGAUCCACGCGGCGAAUGUCAAGGCGGGUCGAGACAAAUACAAGACCCUCCGUCAGAUCCGACAGGGCAACACGAAGCAGCGCAUUGAUGAGUUCGAGUCCAUGUGAGAGCGAUCGUAUGCGUCAUAAUGAGGCAGAAAGAAACUGACAAAGACAUAGAUAAUAAAGUUUGACACUGUUCUUGAUAUGCUUCCUGCGCAGUCAGAACGCCAACGCAACGUUCCACGGUCUCAUUAGAUUUUAAUUUCAAUGAUUUGUCACUUAGUGUUCGAAGAUCCAUUACAUGUAGAACACUGUAAAAAAAGAUGCCGUGUAUUCAAGCAAUGGUUUCUAGAUCGCUUUGCCCAAAAACCUGAGCAUAAUUUUGUCCGUUAAAAUUGGUACUAUACUUUGAGUGUCUAGAAAAGCGCUAAAUAAAUUCAAUGAAUUAUUAUUAUUAUUAUAUAGCCUAUAGGGAAGUCAAUAUGAGCCUUUCAAGUAGACCAAUCGUAUCUUUAUGUAUCCUACAAUUUGAAUGUGUAUUUCAACUAUUGCCUGUAAUGUGUGUGUGUGUGUGUGUGUUACCAGUAAUCGAUGAUCAAUGAUCGUAAAACAAUAAUAAAAUGUUACAAAUCAAUUUGAUUCAGUUGUCCACCUUCAAUUUACCACAUAUUGAAUAGAAAAAGAAAAACCAAACCAUAGCAUUCCACUUCUAUGAUUAAAAACUUUCCAAAAACUCCA